CUUCUUUUCUCCCCCCGUAAAGAAAACCAAACGCUUUUAGGGACGAUAAAGCUUCAGUUGUAUUCAUAGAUACAUAUUUAGCACACUACACCAACACCAAAGAAUCAUGGUUAUGAAAACCAUACCGAAGAGUUAUACGGUGGCAGCGGUUGCCUCGUUCAUCGUUCUGGUGACGUAUCUUGCUCUCUUCUCCUCCGUAUCUGAUCUUCAGUUGAUUCCUUCCCUAAGUUCCUCUCAAGGCACGUCAUUGCAACAAACGUGGGAAUCCAGAACCAUAAGAAUCGACCAGGCCCCGCAAGAGAUGACUUCAUCAACAAUCACAUGCGACCGUUCCCACACUGACUACGAUCUCUGCUCAAUCAACGGCACCUGUAGUCUUGACCAAAGAACUGGAACUUUGGCUCUCAUGGACCCCAUUUCCUCCACGUCAGCACCAAUUGUCGAAAAGAUCAGACCAUACCCAAGAAAAACAGACAAUUGGGUCAUGCCUAGAAUCAAAGAGCUAACACUAACCUCAGGCACAUUGGUAUAUACCAGAUCAUGUGAUAUAACACAUGAUUCACCGGCUAUUGUGUUCAGCGCUGGAGGUUAUACUGGAAGCAUCUAUCACGAUUUCAUUGAUGGUUUCAUUCCCCUCUUCAUCACGGCCAAUUCGAUCUACCCCGACCAUGAUUUCAUCAUUGUGGUAGUCAAUCCCAAGGAAUGGUGGAUGCCAAGAUACAUGGAUGUUCUAGGUGCGUUUACCAAACACAAAACCAUAUUACUAGAGAAUGAAAAUGCUUCUUCUAUUACACAUUGUUUCACUUCAGCUUUUGUGGGGCUGAUUUCACAUGGGCCCAUGUUAAUAGACCCGAUCCGAUUACCUAACUCCAAAUCGUUAGUGGACUUUCACAAUCUUUUAGACAAAGCCUACAACACAAACCUAUCUACGCUCGAAUCCCAAAAGCCUCGUCUAAUAUUGGUCAGUCGAUAUGGCAACGUUGGUCGAGUGAUACUAAACGAGAAGCAUAUCAAAGAGAUGCUUGAAGAUGUUGGAUUCGAGGUAAUCAUAUUCAGACCAUCAAAAACCACGAGCUUGAAAGAAGCGUAUAAGCUUAUAAAGUCGAGCCACGGGAUGGUCGGGGUUCAUGGUGCAGCAUUGACACAUUUGUUGUUUCUUAGACCCGGUUCUGUUUUGGUUCAGAUUGUUCCGCUUGGGUUAGGUUGGGUGGCUAAAACGUGCUUUGAAUAUCCAGCUAAGGGAAUGGAGUUGGAGUAUACUGAGUAUCGAGUGAAUGUGGGAGAAAGCAGUUUGGUAGAGAAGUAUAGUAAAGAUGAUUUGGUUUUGAAAGAUCCGAUUGCUUAUAGAGGAGUGGAUUGGAAUGCAACUAAAAUGAAUGUUUAUUUGAAAGAACAAGAUGUUAGACUAGAUGUGAACCGGUUUAGAGAACAUAUGAAUAAAGCAUACGAGAAAGCUAAGACUUUUAUGGACAUAGACGGUUAAUUCACGUUUCUGUUUUGUGAUUAUAAUGAUUUGUCUAUUUUUGAGUUAAUUUACCUUUUU